AUGGGGGUAAGCAAAGCUGCAGCCAACGAAAGUUGUUUCGGUAUAGGUUGGAUUGAAGAUGAUGUAGAUGAUGAUCUCCAACCGAUCGGUGCUAUCCAAGCUUGCAGAUCAAGAGCAGAGGAGAGCAGAGUUGGACGAUAUCGAUCGAUAUGUUUAAUGCGUGUUAUGUGUGUUCGCGCAUACGAGUUCAAAGAAUUUAUUGUACUUUGUAUUAAUAUUUUACCUCAAAGUUGUGGAUCGGUUGGGUUAGAGUUAAAGGUAGGAGUUGGCUAUGCAUUGCCAAUAAAAAUCGGAACAGGCGUAUAUUUUGGUGGAGAUGAUACUCGAACCAAACCACCACCAACCACAAGACAACAACCCAAUGUAAAUCAAACCUACACUAUCGAUAAACCACUCGACGUAUCUGGAAAUGCCACAGUAGGACCUACGUCAUCUGUAAAGAUGAACUGUGUAGGCAGAAAAUGUUAUCAAUUGGAUCUUUUUAAUAUUCUCGGAGUGGUUGAUGUGGUUGCAUCGACGGUACUACAAAUCACUCAACAAUUGGUUCUUGCAACAUCUGGUACACUUAAUAUAAAUUCGGAUUGUCAAAUUGAUGCAGCCAAUUCAUUGGUUCAAGGUGACUUUCAAGUAUCUGCACAAACAACAUUCAACAAUACAUUGACAGUAUCAAAUAAUGGUACAAUGCAAGUAAACAACAAAACACUUAGUGUAAAAACUGUUAAUAUGGAUCGAGGAAAUAUAAAUAUUCUAAAAGACGCUCAAUUAACCAUAGACAAUGAAAUUGAAUUAAAAAAUAACUCAAUCAUUUCAAAUUCAAAUGGUAUUAUUAUUUCAAAUAUUAUUAAUAAUUUAAGUGGAUCAUUAUUAAUUAAUAGUGGAAUAUUUAAAUCAAAAACAUUAAAUUGUAAAUCACCAUUUGAACAAAUUAUCAAAGGUGGAUCAAAUGUACAUUUAAAUAAUUUGUAUAUUGAUCAAUUGUCAUAUCUAACAAUUCAAGACUCUACACUAAACGAUGAAACUACCAACGACGAUGAAGAACCUCUAGAAUUGGGUAUACUCAAUUUAAUCAAUGGUCAUUUAAAUCUUUUAAAUUCAAAAUCAAAUUUAAAUUAUCAAAAAAUUGAUUUAAGUGAAUCAACAAAAUUUAAUUUUAUAAAAUCAAAUAUACAAUUAAAUAGUAAAUCAUUUAAUUUAUUUAAUCAAUCGAAAAUAUUAUUAAAUAAUAAUACACAAAUUACUAUAUCUGGUCAAUUUGGUUGUUUUGAUGAUUCAUCAAUCAUUGGUCAAGAUAGUCAUUUAACAUUUGAUGAUGGGUCAACUAGGUUGGAUGGAUCGACACAUCAAAUGAAAAAUACUAUUUUAAAGGUACUUGAAAAUGCACAAUUAUCAAUUGGUGGUACAACGGAGAUUGGUGAAUUAUCACAACUAUUUAAUCAUGGUAAAAACCUAAUCAUCGAUGACAGUGGUCAACUAUCGAUUUCAAAUAGUGAUUUUAUAAAUACCAAUUCAUUUACUCUAAAUGGUCAAUUAAAUAUGAAUGAUCGACAAUCUCAAUUUAUCAAUUCUCCAACUGGUACUGUUCAAAUACUAUCAAAUAUCAUAUCAACAGAUGGUGUAUUUAAAAAUAAUGGUAAUUGGAUUAAUUCUCAUACAACUAAUCAUAUAAAUAAUUUUGAUAAUAGUGAUGGAGGUAGAUUAGAAUUAAAAAAUUCCUACUUUUAUUUAAAUGAAUUAAAUUGUUUUGGAGGUCAUAUUAUUUUAGAUCAAUCUAAAAUCAAUUCAACAAAGGAUAUAGUAUUACAAGCAGGUUCAAGUCUACAAGGUAAAGGUACAAUUGAAACUACAACGUUUGACCAAAGAAAUAGUACAAUAGGAUCAAACCAUUCAAUUUCACAAUUAGAAUUUACUGGUGAUUUAAUUCAAUCAAAUGAUUCAACUACUAUUAUUUUAGUAACUGAUAAAAAUAAUUCAAAUGUUAAAGUGAAUGGUAAUUUUAGUGUAGAUGGUGAAUUAAUUAUUUAUGUUGAUAAUAAAAGAUUGAGGAAUGGUGCUGGUUCUGAACAUGGAUCUUUUGAAAUUGAAAUCAUUACUAGUAACUCUGUAAUAAGUGGUGACUAUAGAAAUGGUAUCAAGAUUAUUGAAUACGAAGGACAAGUAGUUGAUGAUCCAUGUAAAUACAAGGUUCAGAAAAAAGAAAGAUCAUUUGCAAUGUUGGUCAAUUUGGAUCAAUCGUGUAGUUCAUCUAGUCAAGAAGCAUCCAAAGCAUUGUUUAAAGAUACAAAAACAAAGAUUGGUUUAUUGGUUGGUGUAUUUGGUUCCAUUGCCAUCAUCUCUGUUAUUUGUACAGUCAUUAUCAUGAAGAGGCAUCAAAUCAAUACCUUUUUAAAAAUUAAACAACAAUCACUUAGACACAGUCGUGUAUUAUAA